CAUACUCUUGCAAGAGCCACAUGCACGAAUGGAAGAGGAUGAUGGCUUUUUGCAGGAGGUGAUCAGUCCCAGUGUCGAUGCGCCGCCAUGGCGGUUUAGGAAACUCUUUCAACUUGCUGGAUUCAGCGCUGCUCUGCUUUUUCUGGCCAGCGUGACUAUCGUUUUCAACGACCCAGCAAGGUACGGCAAACUUUCUGAAAGCAUUCAGCUGUCAGAUAAGGGCAUUUUCCCGCUCAUUACGGGCGGUACACGAAGGUUUGGGGAAGAGGAUGAGGACAACUUCGUUUGUGUGGGCCAUGUCCUCUCUGCUGGUGCUUGGUUGGGUGCUGCUGCACUAAAGAUCAAUGCCGCGGUGACCUCCUGCGACCCCAAACGCUAUGGACGUCAGGUUAAUGUGCCAGAAGAAGAGCGUAUAUCAAACAAUCGGUCGGUCAGAGCUGCGCUUUGCACUCGAGAUAUUUUGGCGCAUCUGAGAGAUCUCACCCAAGUGGCACAGCUGCUAGAAGGUGCAUCCACUGCUUGCAAUAGAAAUAGAGUUGAGAACAUUAAGUGUGCCACCGCUGUGACAAACAGUUUGCGGCAAUCCUUCCACGCAUCUCGGUUUGCAUCCGAGCUACAAGUCUACUGCCCGGAGGAGACGGAUGUUGUGAGCUUGUACAUUUGCAUCAAUCGUGUCGAAGGUGUUGGCUGGGCAUUGGAUGCCAUGCUCGCGGGCAUUGGAGCUGCAGCCAGACUUUGCGUUGGUAAACCGAUUGAGCCCCGAGCGGACUAUGGAUCCUGUGUGGGGGAGAUCUUGGGCGGUGCUGCCUUCGUGGCAGCUGCAGGAAUGAACAUUUGGGCCGGUGCUGAUUUCGAAUGCCUCAGCGCCCAGGACCCUCGGGAGGUGCUCACGCUCACGCAGGACGAGAAGGAUCGAAUCAAUGCUCGGUGUGCUCUUUUUGCAGCGGGCGCCGCACGGACCUUCGAAAUCGCCAUUGCCAAGGUCACCGAGGCUGCAGGACAUUGUGGAGCCGCGGGCAACACUGCCUGCGGCCGAAGCUUUUCUCUGGGAGCAGCGGCCUUGUCUGGUUCUGCGGAGUCUAUGUCCGUGAUGCGCCUGGAAUGCGUGAGCCCACUGAGCUGCUGCACGGAAUUACAGAACGGCACUUUUCAAUGUGAUUGCACCGCGGAGAGAAUCGUGGAGGUACGUGAGAUCAACUACAUUCGGCGUGGCAGAUGUGCCAGGUUCACCAGUUCCACGCUCAAGUUGCUCUCGGUGGCAGUGAGUGAGAUGUCCGAGGGUGCCGACGAGUGUACCACUGGUACUUCCAGUAGCGCUUGUGCCAGCUUUGUGGGUGGUGCUAUGGCCGGCUUCUUCUUCUUGAUGGAGGCUAUCAGUCGAGCUACUCAGAGAUGUAAGGACCCAUUGCAACGCUUCUGGUGCUCCCAGGACAUUGGCUUCAUGGGAGAGAGCAUGGACACAAUGACACAUGCGAUGGGAGCUGCGCUGAGAGACUGCGGCUAUGGCAAUACACCAAGGCGGUCCAACUUUCUGAGCUUUGGACGGCGCUUUUUCCUGCCUUAGGACGGACUCGAAACCCGAAGCUAGUAGUAACAAGUGCCUUACUACUAGUAACAAGAAGCUAGUAGAAACAAGAAGCUAGUAGUAACUGCGGACGGUCAUCUCCGC